GUACAUCAUGCUGGGAUUAUGACAAAAAAAUUGAGUGGGAAAUGUACCUUGAUAAUUAGUUGGAAUUUAACGGUUUUUUAUUUUUGAAGUUGCUCUCUAGUUUAAUUUUUGAAGAGGAUUAUAUUUUAAUUUGGAAACAAAAAAGUGAGUUCUUCAUUUUCAGUGUAAGGAUUUUGGGGUUUAACCAUUUCAUUUGUACAGUCUGAAUUCUUGUGGACCAUAGUACUGAAGGAACACAUUAUAAUCAUCUCUGGACAGACUGGAAAAUAAGACCGAAGCCGGCCAUUCGCGGCUUGGCGAUCUACCUGCACAUCAAUUAUUCAUAUUAAGGAACCAGUACCCUAACGUUUGUGUACAAAGAAAUGGAUUGCUAGAGAAGAUCUUAGAAAUUCAUCAGGAAGGAAGGAAAGGGAUGUAAAAAUUUAUGAAAACAAGAGAAGUAAAUACAAAGUGUUCUGAUGAGCCAGAUAAUUUUGCUGUCAAGUUUGCUGUCGCUGGCAUCAGGCCAGUUGUCAGUAAGCUUAGUGGAUACAGCAGUAAUGGUAAAUGAAGGAGAACAAUUCGCACUCAGAGUAAGAAAAUCAGGAACCAUAACUCAAAGCAUCACUGUCAUUGUGGAAAUCAAAAGCCCCUUAGACACCAACAAUGAUUUUGUGGGCACCAGUCGAGUGGGAUCCUUUUACCCAGGGGGUCCUGACGUGAUCUCUUUAACCUUCACGGUCAAUGACGACACUGACCCAGAAAUGGAGGAGACCUUCACCUUUGAACUAACGGUCUUCAGUGAAGGAGUCACAGUGGAGUCACCAAGGGUGGCAGCCGUUACCAUAGCAGCCAAUGACGAUGCUUAUGGAGUGUUCAGUUUUGGAGAGACAUCUCCAGUCUUGGUGACAGAGGAUACUGUUACAACAGUGGUGAACCUCCGAGUGGGCAGAGAGAAGGGACUGUUUGGUCAGGUCACUGUUACCUACCUGGUAAACAGUUCAGACCCUCUCGCUGUUCCGGGAGUGGACAUUACUCCCCGGACUGGUGUUUUGCUGUUCCGAGAUCAGGAGGUCCAGAACUACCUCCAGCUGCAGAUCCGAGCCGACAGCAUUCCGGAAAACAAUGAGGAGUUCCGUGUGACCUUGACUAGCGCUACACAAGGUGCCAGGGUCACUGACCAGGAGAUGAUACUCAUCAUCCAGGCCAACGAUGCUCCAAUAAGAUUCCAACAGAGAGAGGACAGGUUUGAUGAAGGUCCAGGUCGAAAACCUGUGUCAAUCCAGGUGUUACGUGGAAUUGACGAGGAUGGACAGUCCAGGAUUGGAUCUGUGAACAGUAUUGCAUCUGUUGACUAUUUCUUAGUGUCUGACACGGCCACAUCCGGAUUGGAUUUCAGAGGUAGCAAUGGACAGGUUGUCUUUAGUGCAGGGGAAACAACAGGGAGUAUCCGGGUAGAGAUUCUGGAUGAUGAUGAUCCAGAAAUGGAGGAAACCUUUGGGAUAGUGUUAUCUGGACCAAAAGGGGAUGCCAUUAUAACUUAUCCAACAAAAAUCAAUAUCCGGAUCAAUGCUAAUGAUAAUCCAAAUGGAGUCCUUAGUUUUGUGUCAUCCGAUGGUGUCUCCUAUCCAGAGGUCAAGGUUAGUGAGGACACAGGAGGUAUGGGCGUGUUUCCUGUACAGAGGCAUGCUGGGUCAUUUGGAACAGUAUCAGUCACUUGGCAAGUGUUCAGAAAUGACAGUACACUAGGAGAUGUCAAAAGUGACAUCACCACGACAUCUGGAAUGGUGGUGUUUCUGCCAGGCCAGACGAUACAGAGGUUGAAUAUAUCGGUUGUCAAUGACAUCCUUCCUGAGCCCACAGAGAGAUACAUUGUGAGACUGAUGCCAGGGACAGAGACGGGCGGGGCCAGGGUGGAGGGGAUCACUGAGGGGGUACUGAUGGUAGAGGACAGUGACAACUACUAUGGCUCAGUGUUUCUUGGACCUGACCAAGAACACAAAAUUAUUGUGACCUCCACCCCUAGAUAUCUACAAGUAAAUGUACAGAGAUCCAACAACAACCAAGGGGACUUAACUGUGAACCUCACUGUCACGUACACAGGAAGUGGAAGUGUGAAUGAUAUACUGUCAACAACAGCCCAGGAGGUAGAGAUGUUCUCAGGACAGACCAGUCUGAUGGUGAGGUUCAAUCUCCUGCCCUCAGCCUUUCUACAUGUGGGGGAUACAUUCAUGGUGACCCUGACUGGAUAUGGGCUUAAAACAGAUCCAGAAUUUGGUGCAUAUAAUUCUCCCAUUCUUGGAAGCAAAGUAACAGUUCUAGUGCCGGUGACCCUUGCCGUAGCCAAUGGGGAGAUAGGAUUCCAGAGUAUCCAGCCAAUUACUGUCAACGAACCACAUAACACCCCAUAUACUGUUGCACUGAAGCUGACCAGAGAAGGAACAAGUGGCAGGGCUGAAAUUGAUUGGAUGCUGAAAGGUUCAGGGGUUAAUGCUGUCAUGGUAACAGCCUCUGACACUGGGAUUUCUUCUGGAACUGUUACAAUGGAAGCAGGAAGCUCAGAAUCUCUGCUAAUCAUAACCAUAAUGCCAGAUGACACUCCUGAAUUAGAGGAAGAAAUAACAAUUACCUUGACCUCAGUCUCACCCUCUGACACUCAGAGGUUAAAGGUCAGCUCCACCCAGACAACCAUAGUUAUUCCAGAGAACGACAAUCCAGGGGGAGUUUUCCAGUUUUCUUCAGUCAUGAAAGCAUCAUACCUUGUUAAGGAGGGUUUGUCAGCCAUUGAGGUGGUGGUGGAGCGACUGGGAGGGAACCUGAUCACACAGUUUGUCCAGUACGAGGUCCAGCCAGGGGGAAACUCCGAGUUCUAUGGAGCCACGGAUGUCCUCAAGUUUGACAAAGGAAUUCGAUUCCGGAACUCCACCUUGCUGCCUGUAGCUGAUGGAAUUCCUGAGCUGAAGGAGCAAUUCACAUUGACCCUGUUGCCUUAUGGAAACUCCUCAGGGGUCAUUGGAAACUUUUCCUCCAUCACCAUAGAGAUAGAAGAGAAUGAUGAUCCAUACGGCCUGGUCCGCUUCCUUCUCAAUCCACCCAUAUACUACAUCAAUGAAUCAAAUAAUGGACAAGUAGUGUCCUUGUCAAUCCCUGUGGAGCGAGCUAAAGGUCGGUUUGAAAGCAUCGUUGUCAAGUGGGACAUGACCCCGGGCACUGGAACCGACCUUUCACCUGUGUCAGGGACCAUAACCUUCGGAGUCCAGCAGGAUAAGGGUUUCAUCCACCUCCAGUCUGGGGCUGACACUGUAAGUCGGGAUCUGCAAGUACAAACCGUCAAUGACAACAUUCCAGAACCGGAUGAGAAUUUCACGAUUUCACUCAGUAUAUACAGCGGGAAGGCCAGAGUUGGCUCCCCUGAUACCGCCACGGUGGUGAUCAAAGAGAACGACCAUCGGCUGUAUUUCCGAGGUAGAGUGCGGCGUGCCGCUGUGUUGUCAGGAACACGAUUUCAGUUCAUUGAAAGUAAGCUCCUCACACGCGAGCCAGGGAUAGUCAAGCUGAUAAUUCGGCGCGAGGGCCCAGAGAACGAGCGAGCUACAAUCCGCUAUCAGACGGUGGACAGCUCGGCUGUAGCGAGCUCCGGAGAUUACAUCCAGAUCACGGCUCAGGAGCUGGUGUUUGAGGUGGGCGAGAUGGAGAGAACAAUCUCCGUGGAGAUACUGAAUGAUGGGAUACCCGAGGGCAAUGAGACGUUCUAUGUCCAGAUAUUUGAUAUCCAAGGGGACUUGGUGCUGAGUGAUUCUCCCAAUGCCUCCAUUACGAUCCUGGCCAAUGACAAUGCAUACGGGGUAUUCAUGUUCAGUCCUCCCCUUCAGAUGUCAACAGAAGAAGGCAGUGCCGUGAGACUCAGCAUUACGAGGACUGGUGGAACUUUUGGGGUUGUGGAGGUGGCCUGGGAAAUCCGGGAGGCUCUGUCAAACAGGCUGAUGUAUGACGGAGGGGAAUUUGGGAAAGCCAACGGUUCUGUCAGAUUCCAAGAGUUUGAGAUUAAUCGCCUGCUGGAGGUCACUCCCAGAAUGGAUAACACUCCAGAAGAAGACAAAAACUUUAAGAUCAUUUUGUCAAGCACAGCUAUAAUUGAUGGGAUCCCAGACCCAAGCCUAGCCGUCAUCGGUAACACAAGCAAUGAAGUGAUAUUGACCGUGGUGGCCAGUGAUGAUCCCUAUGGGAAGUUUGCCUUCACCACCGAGACAAAAUCCCUCACCAUAGCGGAGGAUUUCUACCCGGGUCAGGAGUCAACCACCAAAGCAACUUUUACUGUGGAGAGAAGACAAGGAAUAUUUGGGAAUGUGGAGGUCCUGUGGGAGGUAUACAGUAGCACUAGUGGUAAUAACUUGCCCAAGGUGUAUGACCUGAUUCUACUAGCAAACAUCCCAAACAAAGUGGAGAAGAAGCCUUCAAAAAGACGUCCAAAGACAGGAACUGAUGUGAUUCUCCUAACAGGGGCUGAAGAUAAUUUCCUGACCAUUCCCCCGGGGUACCAGCCUAAGUCCUCAGACCUCCAGUCUGGAUUUUCUAUCAGUGCCUGGGUCCAGCCAGUCACAACAGGAAGUUACUUCAUUGUUGCCAAAACCACGGACAGUGGCGUCAGACUCUUCUAUACACUGAAGCUGGUGGCAGGCACACAAAACAUACUGAUGUUCGGGUACUCUCAACUUGGAGAAAAUACUAACAAGGAAAUAUCCAUUACAAUGAAUGAGAACCUUAUGGAUGAAAAAUGGCACCAUAUCCUCGUGACAGUGGCUCAAGGGGGUGUUCGGUUUUAUCUGGAUAGUCAACUUAAAGGAACGAAGUUUAUUGGAUCACAGCCCCUGAUUGACACAGAUGGAGUGCUGUUGGUGGGAGCCAAGGCCCCGAGUACAGAGAGGUUCAUUGGUUACCUCCAGGAUGUCAGGAUCUACACCGCUAGGCUUCAGGACAGUGAAAUAAAUGAGAUAUACCACACCCCUGCUCAGUUAGAUGUGACCCCGAUAUCUGGAUAUCUGAUAUAUCUGGAAGGUAACAGGGAGAAGAAUCUGACCUUGACCUCAUUACAAGAUCAGGAGGAGGAGAGUGAGGAAGUCUUCUCCGUACGUCUGCUGGGGGCCAAGAAUGGAGGGACUCUGUCUGAAAUUGACCAUACUGCAACACUUACAAUUUUGAAGAGUGACAAUGCAAAUGGUGUAUUCAGUUUCCUUGACGACUGUACACCAACCCACUCUACUAAAGAGAAUGAGGUUGUGACCUGUACUGUAGUACGUAACCGUGGAGAUGAUGGGGCAGUCAAUGUCACCUGGGCUGUCUUCCAGAGCGGAACAACUAUUAAAGCUGACAGUGACUUUGUGAAUAGUUCAGGCAUCUUAAGCUUUGAAGCAGGGGAGAGAACAAAGGUGUUCACAGUGACUGUCAAUGAUGAUGAUAUCCCAGAAGCCCAAGAAACUUUUGACAUCAAGUUGACCUCAGCACUGACAGGGUCAUCAGGUUCCACUAAUAUCAGUGGGGCCAGUAUUGACCUGUCUGCCUCAACCUCUCGAUUUACUAUUCUCAAGAGUGACAACUCUAAUGGCCUGCUUCAGUUUUCCAACUCCUCCCAACCUCCAUCUGGGUCAGGAAUCAUCCCUCCAGCUACGGAGAAACCCAUGGUUUAUUUUGCUGAAGAGGCUAGAUUGGUUACUGUGAUAGUAGAGAGAGCACAGGGAACAGAGGGACAAGUGGAGGUGGAGUGGAGGACCUCAGAUAUCACAGCCAAGAGUAGUGGGAAAACUCCCAUAGACUAUCAGGGUAAUGCUGGGAAGCUGUACUUCAGUGAUGGAGACCGCUUUAAGGUCAUCAACAUCAUCAUUGUGGACAACGACAUUCCAGAGGACCAGAAAACCUUCAGGAUAGACCUAUUUAAUCCACAAGGGGGUGCAGAGUUGGGGGUAGCAAGCUCUGUAACUGUGGUGAUCAUGCACUCAGAUGGGGCCUAUGGGGUGUUUGAUUUUGACGAAGGGUCCCUAAACAUGCAGGCUCUGGAGAGAGGGGACUCUGGGUUUACUUCCACUGGAUUCAAGGUGUUACGUAAGCAAGGUAACAUUGGCACUGUGACAGUUAAAUGGCUGCUGACAGGGAAUCCUGGGACAGAUGUGGAGAGGUCAGAGGGCACGGUGACCUUUACCAGUGGAGCUGUGGAGGCUCUGUUAUAUGUCAAUGUCAGGGGAGACCCUGUACCAGAGCUAGACAAGACUUACCAACUCAUCCUCUCAGAUGCUGCCCCAGGAAGCAUUGGAAUGAAUUCUGUGGCUAAUUUCACUAUUCUUGCCAAUGACGAUCCAUACGGAGUGUUCCAGAUCAGUGAGGACUUCAGGCCUGUUCAAGUGGAUGAACAAUACAGAAAUGUGUCAAUCACCGUCAGCCGACAGUAUGGGACAUACGGAGAUGUUGAGGUGUUCUACAGAACUCUCCGCCCCAACGAGACCAAUCUCCCCUUUCUUCCCUCUGUCCAGGCGCGGGCAGACAGCAGUGAUUUUCGACACACUGAGGGUAGCAUCAUCUUCAGUCAGGGUCAAAGUUCAGCAUCGUUCAAUGUGUUGGUGAUGGACGACAAUAUUCCAGAGACAGAUGAGUCAGUGUUUGUCACCUUGUCCAGAGUCCAGCUUCUCAGACCAGCACAGAGUAGACCAUUGACUGACUCUCCGAGUAUAGGAACUGCAGCCUGGGCCUUCGGUCAGAUUAUCAUCCGUAGUAAUGACAACGCCCACGGAACCCUGGUCCUCUCCCCCACCUCAGCCUCUGUCCUAGAGAACGCCACAGAUGUGGGGAUGUCAGUUGUGAGACAAGGGGGUUCUUUUGGGGAGGUUUCUGUAAAAUUUCGAGUUGUCAACAAUACAGCUCUACAAGGUUUAGACUAUGAAGUAUUGACUGACACUGUCACUCUUCCUGAGGGCGUGGUCUCUAAGCUCCUCCCCAUCCGCCUGAUUGACGACCUUCUUCCUGAGCAGCAGGAAGUGUUUUAUGUGGAGCUACAGAAUCAGAUAACAGGUGGCGCUGUACUAGGUACCACCUCUUACGCAGUGGUGACAAUUCUGCCCUCAGAUGAUCCCAAUGGAUUAUUUGAGUUUGAAGUGAGUGGAAUGAGUGUGGAGGAACCAGAGACGGAGACCCCAGCCACGGUGACAGUCAAUGUGGUCAGGAAGGGAGGGACCAUGAAUGUGGUCACUGUUCUGUGGUCAGCUUCACUCAACAAUGCUGCCCCUUCAGAUGAUAUCAACCCAACCAGUGGAGCCCUUUAUUUUGUGAGCAAUGAAGCAAGGAGACAGAUCAUCAUUUCUAUCCUCCCUGAUGAUAUACCAGAGGGAAAGGAGGAUAUUGUGUUGACUUUGGUGUCUGCCAGCAAUGGAAGUAUUGGCCCCAAUAGAAAUUUUGUCUUGUCCAUACAACCAAACGACAACCCACAUGGGACGGUCCAGUUCUCCACUAGCCAAUACAAUGUGACGGAACAAAACACCAACAGUGUCCAGUACCUCACCCUCGCUAGAAGUGGUGGUGUGUAUGGACAAUUGCGAGUGUAUUACAGUACCAUCCAACUAUUAGUUGAUUCCAGCAUUGACCCUUUGACCUAUUUUGAUCCACCAAUCAAUGGCACCAGAGGGGCCGUAGGUCAAGUGUUUAGUACUGUCUCCAGCUUCAACCCUGUUAAAGCUUGUGCAGAAAACUGCUUGAAGACCCCGACUUGUUUGGCAUUUGAACACUCCUUCAUUGACAACAUCAGUUUGUGUAUGUGGUACUCUACCCAGGCCCCACCCCAGAACAUCACCCCCAGGAACAACUACCAGUACUUCAGCAAGAAUGCUGUCAAGUUUCAAGAAUUACAGAAUGCAGCAGCCACUGCUGGUGCAGACUAUAGUGUGGUUACCAAUGGCUACAUCAUGGUCAACGAUGGCGCCACCACCGGUCAACUACCUGUCAGCAUUCUAGCAGACACCAUUCCUGAACUGGAUGAAGUAUUCCUUGUCAAACUGAUCCAAAUAGAGGUGGCCAGUGCUGAGGGGUCUUUGAAAUACCCUCCUCAAUUGGGCCAGCUGAACCAGGCUAGGGUAACCAUCAAUAAGAAUGACAAUGCGUUUGGGAUAUUCCGUGUGGUCAGCGAAAGCCCCCAGGCAUCAGCUGGUGGCACCGCUGUGGGGGUAGAGGAGAAAUCACAACUAGCUGUGGAUCUGAUUGUAGAGAGACUGGGUGGUAAUCUUGGCGAUGUGAGUGUUGAGUGGUACAUAAACACCACACUGAGUACCACCGAGUAUAACAAGGAUUUCCUGGCAGAUGGAGCCACCUUGAACUUUAUACCUGGACAGACACGAAGAUUGAUCACAGUGACUGUGUUGGAUGACAGCGUGCCCGAGGAGAACAAGACGGUGGUGGUACAGCUCAGAAAUCCACAAGGUGGCGCUGAGAUAGAGGUCGACUCGAAGGUCACGGUCACUAUCAUGGAGAAUGAUAAUGUAGCAGGAGUGCUGGGCUUUGACAGCUCUUCUGUCUUGGCAAACGAAGGGGAACAAGUGACAUUGCAGGUGCUGCGUACGAGGUCCGCUGAGGGGUCAGUGUCUGUGGACUGGGAGAUUCGAGGCCUCAGGGGGCUGCUGCCCCAGGAGGGAUUCCUCACAUACAGAGGCUCUCUCACAUUUUUACCGAAAGAAGUGUCAAAGAAAAUUACACUCAGCGUGCGAUCUGAUGAUAAACCGGAGACCAACGAGGAGUACCAAAUCCAGUUGAUCAACAUCACCACUUAUGGCAUUGGUCAAUCUGGUGCGGCCAUUAUUGACCCUCUUCUUCAGACCGCCAGUAUCACCAUCAAGGGGAGCAACGAUCCUCACGGGGUCAUUCAGUUUUCCCAGAAUUCCCUUAGGGUCAGAACUGAGGAAGCAAACCAUGUUGUAAAUUUACAAGUGGACAGAAAGUUUGGAGCUAUAGGCACUGUUCGUGUGUCCUAUUCCAUUUCAUCUGGGUCGGUGACCCCAUUAUCUGAGGAGCUGGUUGCUGCCAAGCCCACUGAAGAUUUCACCGCUGUACAGGGAUACAUUGAUAUUCCUGACAACAACGUAUCGGCGACUGUGGCAGUACAGAUCCUGGAUGACAGUCUUCCAGAGGUGGAUGAAGCCUUCAUGGUCACUCUGACCGGGGUGAUCCUCGUGAAUGCCACUGAUGCUAGCAGUAUGCCGCCAAGACUUGACACAAAUGGAACAAUUUCUGAAAUAAUCAUCAGUGCCAAUGAUGGAACCAAAGGUGUCAUCAAAUUUGGAUCAGAUUCUUAUAAUGUCAAUGUCGAUGAAAUCACAAAGAACAUUAGUUUGUCAGUGGUCAGAACACAGGGAACUUUCGGAAAUGUAUCCGUGUUCUACUAUGCCCAGAGUAUUGUGGAAGGAACUACACAGGGAUUGGACUAUACCAUUACCCCACAGGAAAUCAAAUUUGCCAAGGGAGAGAAUCAGAAAUAUAUCAUGCUGGAAAUUCUUGACGACGAUAUUCCUGAACCAGAUGAGACGUUUCAGGUCAUUCUAUCUCAGCCCCGAGACGGAGUCGAGAUUGGCGAACCCUUUAAAGCAAAUGUCACCAUUUUGGCAAAUGAUGGGUCCAGUGGCACUGUUUCCUUUAAGUCUCAGGAUAUUGUCAGGAUCCAGGAGUCCCCAGGGGAAAACACUGCAUUAAACGUUGCAAGGCUGGAGGUGAUCAGAGGCCCGGGGAUUUAUGGAGUGGUUAGUGUCCCUUUCAAAGUCAUCCCUGAAAAAUUUGAAAACUUGGCAGACCUGACUCCUACCCAGGGAGUGAUCACAUUUCAAGACAAAGAGAAUUCCAUUUUCCUGGAGCUGACAGCUCUUGAUGAUGAUUUACCGGAACAUGAUGAGGUCUUUACCAUCCAGCUUCUAGCCCCAGAUAAUUCGGCCAAGCUUGGGACUCCGAUACAGAAGAAUGUGAUCAUAGAGGCCAACGACUCACCUGCUGGACUUCUGCAGAUCUCUGUCAGGCAUACAUCAAAUGAUACCAUAGCUGUGGAGGAGAACAUUGGGCAGAUUUUCUUUGACGUAACAAGAUCCCAGGGACUAGAUGGAACCAUCAGCGUGGAUCUCACCACUCAGCCGGACACUGCAGUCAUCAACACUGACCCCAAACAAGUGACCCUGUCGCCACUGGAAACAGUCAUCACGUCACAGGUCACGGGCUGGCAUAGUUUCUAUAGCAAUGACUCUUUGUACUUGGUGAUGCUCACGUCUUACAGAGUGGGAGAGCUGACCACUGGGAUAGGAAGUGCCGGAAAUGACUCCACUUAUAGCGUGGACCGAUAUCUCUACUCCACCUUGUUUAAGUGGCAGGGACAACUGGUCCCAGUGCAAACAAUAGAGACUGAUGUUGCAAUGGCUGCCACCACAUUUUCCAUUGGAAUCUCCACUUAUCUUGUAAUCUGUAAUUAUGGCAACGUCAGAAGAUAUGAAACCAAAUCGAGGCUGUACAGAGUGAAUCCAGACUCGUCUCUACUCGUGUUACAAGAAUUUUCCACGAAAGGGGCCUCUGAUGUAGAUUUCUUCAGCAGUGGCUCCGACCACUUCCUGGUAUUUGCCAACUCUCGUGACAACAAUGGAGAGACGUUAGUGACGGUGGAUGUCUACAGAUGGGACAACACUACCAGGCUGUUCACACCGUCGCCAUGGCAAAGCCUGGAAAACCAGGGAGCAGCUGCUGUAGCCGUGGUUAAUAUAGAGGGCGUGACCUACAUGGCUGUCGCCAAUAACUACAACUCUAAACUGAAGACGUACACUGUGCAUUCUAUAGUGUACAAACUUGGAAGCAAUCAGAAGUUUUCUGAGCAUCAAAGAAUCGAGACAGACGGUGCCACUGACGCCAGUUUUCUACAGAUUCAUUCGUUGACCCUGCUGGUGUUAGCCAGUAACCGUGGUGAUGUCAUCAGUAGCCCCCAGACCUCAGUAGUGUAUCGCUGGGACUCCACCCUGCAGACCUUUCUUAGACACACAGAUAUACAGACUAACCGAGUCAACAAAAUAUCCCCUUUUAUUGCCAAAGAUAACACAGGGUACCUUGCUGUUGCUAACACCAUCGGGAACUCCGCCCUCUAUGCCUGGGAUAUUCAGAAUCAGAGAUUUGACCAAGUUUGGAGUGGUUCCCCAGCCAGACAACUCUACCCUGUGAUGGUGACCCAGGCGAUUGGUUCCUUUGUCAUCCUACCUAUGGUGGAUGUAGACCCAAAGGCCAAUUGUACACUGUUCCACCUGAUCAAAGUCAUCAACAGCGAUUUCUCUCCAAGGACAAUAACCUUGACCUUUGAACCAGGUCAGAGGUUGAGGUCAACCAGUGUGGAAGUUUUGGAGGACUUUGUCCCAGAGAACACUGAGACCUUCUUUGUCACUCUUGUCAACCCAACAGGGGGAGCAACGAUUGGACCAAAAAAUAAAAUAUCUGUCAACAUUCUCUCCAACGACAAUGCUCACGGAAUCAUAGAAUUUGCAGAGGAUUCAAGGGAGCUAACUGUUCAGGAGUUGGACCAUAAGGACAGUGUAAUUCAGCUGAAUGUGGUCAGGCAACAGGGCUUCUUUGGGCGUGUGGUGGUCUCAUGGUCAGCAUCUGGAGACCACAGCGGCCUGAGUGACAUCACCCCCCUGUCUGGUCAGGUGGAGUUUUCCAACAAACAAUCAGUAGCCACCAUUUCACUGACCAUUCUAAAUGACAACUUGGCAGAGCUUCCAGAAAUCACCUACAUUAGGCUACUCAAGGUCACUGAAUCGGGGUCAAGCCUUGAAGGCAAAGGGGCACAACUAGGUCCCCACAAUAUGGCAAAGUUAGUGGUGCAGGCCAAUGAUUCGCCUUAUGGAGUGGUGCUGUGGGAGAGACAGAGUGUAGCAGUGGAUGAACCAGAAAGAUCGGACCAAUCCCAAACCCUCUACAUCAUCAGACAGCAAGGCAUGAUGGGAGAUCUUCAAGUGAUGUACCAAACAUCCCCCGACUUAGGCGUGUCUGAGAACAAUCAGGCAGUCUCUGGGCUGGACUUUGUCAGUCAGAAAGCCAUAGCAGUACUGCAGGAGAACGUCACAAGGGUGGCAGUCAGCAUUGUCAUCAAACAGGAUGAGUUUCCUGAAGCAGACGAAUCUUUUCUAUUGAACAUCACUGAGGUCAGGGUCAUGAGUGCCACGCCCCCUCCUGGCGCAGAGCCAAGUGUCAAGGUCCCAGGAAACAUACUACACAUCACCAUCAAUGAAAAUGAUGGAAUCAGAGGAAUAGUUCAAUUCAAUGUGACAACGAACAUUGAGGGUAGAAUUGAUGCUUAUGAGGAGUAUGGACAUAACACCACAGUCAGGCUGAGAGUCAGUCGCAGUGUAGGAUUUCUAGGGGAUGUGACCUUGACCUGGCAGGCAGAACCAAGGGAAGCAAGUGUCCUUGACUUUUGGCCUUCCAGUGGAACAGUUAGUCUGAAGGACAAAGAGGCACAUACAGACAUUGUUGUGUAUAUUCUGGACGAUACAAUAAAUGAACCGAUGGAGACCUUUGAUGUAAAACUCCUUAGUGUCAGCAGUGGACUUUCACAGCUGGGUACCAUGACAACAGUGAGGGUAGCCAUCUUGAAAAAUGAUUCCCCGAAUGGAUUGUUUAGAUUUUCUUUGUCAGAGGUGAGAGUGAGGGAGUCCACAACAUCCUCAGAUCCUCAGGGGGAGGUCACUCUAACAGUUGAACGUAUACAGGGCAAUGACGGCUUCGUCAAUGUACAAUGGAGGCUGAAUGCUGAAGCCUUCAACGACUUUGAAGAGCCCAGAGCGGGAAGUUUGCAGUUUGCACAUGGAGAAACAACCAAAGCCAUAACACUGAGAACCAAACAGGACUCCAUCUUGGAGGGAGAGGAGCGCUUCAGGGUGUCUCUGAUCUCGGCCGACAACAGCGCCGACAUUUCCUCCACCCAGGGAGAUUGUACCGUAAUUGUAGAACCCGACCCUGGGGCCCAGGGCACCAUCAGUAUCCCCCCAGACUACAGGACGGUAUACGUAGGGGAACCGGGCGAGUCUGACCCAUCUUAUAAUGGGCAGGUCAAGGUCAUGAUUACCCGUGGCCUUGGUAUCUAUGGCAGCGUCAGUGUCACAUGGUCCUUGACCCCUCGGGAAACUACUGCCUUCCAUCAGGUGGAGGGAAUUGUCAAUAUGGCCGACUUGCAGCAGACAGCAUAUAUCACCCUACAGGCUAUUGACGAUACAAUUCCUGAGAAAAGAGCCACAUAUGCCCUCCACUUGACGUCUGCAACUGGUGGAGCCAGCAUCUCUCCUGACCCCAGCGCUUAUAUAGCCAAUGUUGUCUUUGUGGCCAGUGACUUCCCACAUGGAAGAUUCCAGUUCACCCUUCCUCAGAUCACCACAAUCACAGAAGAUAUAAGCAAGGUCACUGUGUCAGUGGUCCGGACGGAUGGAACGGAUGGGCAGGUGCUUGUCUCUUGCACUACCACACCUGGAUCUGCUCAGAGCUACGCAGAUUUCUACCCAUUAACUCGCACUUUAGAAUUCCAGCACAACCAAAAGAUACAAACUAUUGAGAUCCAGAUCAUCCAGGAUGAUCUUCCAGAGGGGCCAGAAGAGUUUUACGUCAAUCUCACUUCUGCUAAACUUGCUCCGACUUUCAGCAAGAACAACUACACACAGGUGAAUGGACUUCACCUAGACAUGAGGCCUGGGAUUGGAUCAAUGGAUGUUAAGACCAUUCUGAUAGACAAGAAUGACAAUGCUGAGGGGACAAUCAUGUUUGAUGUCCAGGGAGGCAACUUUAAGGUGACCGAAGAGUCAGGAUUAGCAAGGAUUCCACUGAAGCGAGAGGGAGGGAGCUAUGGGGACAUAGAGAUAACUUACUCGGUACAUAACAUAACAGCUACACAGGAAGUGGACUAUGUUGUCAGUAGCAACCAGGUCCGCAUGUUGGACAGCAGCAGAAACACCACUAUUGACAUCACCAUCAGAGACGAUUCAGAAAUGGAGUUUGAGGAGACGUUUGAGGUCCAGCUAUUGUCUGUGUCAGGUGGAGCUAAACUUGGUUACCCAAACAAGACAAUGGUGACCAUCUUGAAGUCUGAUUUUCCAAAUGGAAACUUUGGUUUCAAGGGUCAACUGAAGUUCAGACUGGCAAACCCAGAGCGACUAGUGCAGCAGAAACUAUCAAUUGAAAGGAAAGGUGGUCUCAAAGGUCAACAGACUGUAUACUGGAGAAUAAUGGGCCCCAAUAAUCCAUUGCAAAUCCUUGAAGCCACCAAUGACAUCAGCAUGGUUUCUGGCAACAAAGAGGUCACGACAGGGUCACUGUUGUGGAAUGAUGGAGAGAGUGGAGAGAAGUCCUUUGUGCUAGAUCUGAAGCCCUUCUCCUCCUGGGAAGUGGAGAAGACCUUUUUGGUGGAGAUUUACAAUGUACAGGGAAGUCCCUCAGAGGCAGGAAGUGGAGAAAUCAGCAUCUCUGCUGGAAAAACCACAAUUAUAAUAGAGAAAUUUGGGCAUCCCAAUGGAAUUGUUCGGUUUGAGGGCCUGGCCCAGAGUAUGAGGACUGUGGAGGAACCUGAGGGAAUAGCUCCUCUAGAACUUCAGUUCCCCAUCAGUCGGAGGUUUGGAACAGGAACCACAGGAAGUAUCGAGGUCAAAUGGAUGAUAGAAGGAAGUUACGAUGACAAGACUCCGGACUUUCAGCCUCAGGAGGGCUCGCUCCUAAUGGCCGAUGGACAAAGAGAUUCAGCAAUCGUCAUACAAGUGCUUCCUGAUAAUAUCCCUGAACUAACAGAGACAUUCUCAUUGGUCCUUCAAUCGACAAUAGGCGGGGCUGAAAUUGACACCCAGUUCAAUUCUUCCAUUUUCAAAAUCAUGUACAAUGACUACCCCCAUGGUCUGUUCGGGGUCCCUCCAGGCCUGCAGUCUCUGUAUGUGAAUUCAGCGGACUUGAACCGUUUUGUCAGAGUCAACAUCACCAGGUACUAUGGGACUUUUGGUUCCGUGAUUGUGACCUUCAACAUUAAAUAUGAUGAGAUUUUGUCAGGUGUCAUUUUGAGCAAAAGCUCAGGAACCAUUCAGUUCAAUGAAGGUGUUGCUAUGUUAACACAAGACAUUCUGAUUGGAGGAGAUGGCUUUCUAGAAAUGGACACAACAUUUACUAUAACUUUGACACAAGUCCAGUUUUUAGGAGCUGGGGUGACAGACCCUCCAAAUUUUAAGGUUGGUGAGACAGAGACCAAAGUGAAAGUCCCGCCCCUGGCAGCAAACAGUGAGGUUGGCUUCACAGACACCCUGGGAAGUAUAGAUGAAGAGACAGGGACAGCUACUUUGACACUCACUCGCCGUGGCCUUUAUGGAACCAUUCAUGUUCCCUGGGGUAGCGGUCUACCCUCUGGUAGCAAGCCAGAAUGGUACACAGAAGGGCAGAUAACUCCAUCAUCUGGGUCUCUCACUGUACAACAUGGAAUUCAGUCAAGAAACUUCACCAUCUCUGUGGUUGCCAUUCUGAAUAGAACAGAGUCAUUUGCCCUUCAUUUGACAAAGGCGCCUUCUACGUCAGCUAGAGGGGGAGCAAGACUGUCCUCCACAAACAACAUUGUCAAACUGGAGCCUUAUGGUGUUAUUCGGUUUGCGCCAAACUCCACUCAUCCACCAAGUGUUUCGGAAAUGGAAAGCACUAUAAGUUUGAUGGUUCAAAGAGUCUAUGGUUCAGAGGGUAAAAUUGAAGUUACAUACAGGUCCAUUGAAGUAAGUGCACAGAAAGGCUCAGACUUUUUUACCACAGAAACAAAUGCCAUUGUCAUGGACCCAGGAGUAACUUCAAGCCUGAUAACUAUUCAGGUUCGACAAGACAACAUACCUGAAGAGGAAGAGAUGUUUACAGUAAACCUCACUCAUGUGGAGAAGUACCCUACGGAGAUUGUACCAAAAAUCUCCCCUCGUCUGAGCUAUGUGGCUUCCAGCUCUGUAGUUAGAAUCAAGGAGAGUAAUGAUGCCUAUGGAGUUUUGAACCUGGAGCCAUCAUCCAUUGUGAUUGAUGAGGAAAACCGACGCGUCAAUCUAACAGUGCAGAGAACAGGGGGUCUGUAUGGGACGAUCAGUGUACUUGUAAGAACAGUGGGAGGAGGGGAGCCCUGGACCUCCCAGAUAGUCCCAGAACUGACCCCCACCUCCAACGAUACCAUCACACAGAUCCUGGGGGCCAGGGAUGGGUCCAAUGCUGCCACCGCGGUCAGGGACUAUGAGAUACUGGACACUAGGGUGGAGUUCAAGCAGGAUGAGCGACAGAAGUUUGUUUCAGUAGGCAUUCUGUCGGACACACUUCCUGAGCCGGAUGAAACAAUUAUUGUCUACUUGGCUCAACCUACUGGGGAUGCGAGGAUUGCUACAGGAACUCCUGAUGGAGGAAAAAAGGGUUUUUCUGUCAUCACCAUUAGGCAGAAUGACUUGUCUAACGGCAUUGUGGGAUUUGCUCGGAGCUCUAAGGAAGUUUCUGUCAAUGAGGACACUACUCCAACAUUUUCUCUGACUUUAGCUAGGAGCGAUGCAAAGUAUGGAGAUGUAGUGGUGUCCUGGAAGACCAAGUUGUCGGAGAGCAGCACGGAGGCAGAGGAUGCUGUCCUGGGGGGUCAGCUACACCUGACCGCGGGGACCACUACCUGUCCAGCACUGAGGGAUACCUGUCAACUUAACAUCACGCUCAUCAACGACCAAGAACCUGAGGAGGCUCUUUCAUUUAUUGUGCUGUUGACUGAUGUCAGAAAUGAUGCUCGCAUUGAUGAACAGAACGCUGUUGCUAAGGUGACAGUGGAACCCAGUGAUUACAUUAGAGGUCUUCUACAGUUCACUGCAGAGUCCAGGAUUAUGGUAGUCGGCAAAAGUGAUAGAAAUGUGCGUGUGCAGGUGGAACGGUUGAAGGGGCGUGGAUAUCGCGUGGAGGUUGGCUAUGAGACAUUUCAAAUGACCAAUCAGGAGUCUUUAUAUGGAAUUCGCAUAAACCCUGCCCUAGAGGGUGAGGAUUAUCAAGGAAACAUGGGAAGCCUUGUUUUUGAGGAGAAUAAACAGGAACUGAAGUAUGUAGACAUCAGUCUGACCCCUGCUACAGCUUCCGCUAAUCCCCUCCCAAAACAGUUCUAUGUCCAUCUGAAAGCACCAACUGGGGGAGCCAGCCUUCAUCCGGACACCUCCUAUAGCAAAGCAAUCAUAAGAAUCGUGGAGGACUCGGCUAAAUCCGUCUGGUCCACAGUGACAGAUCGAGAGAGUGGGUCGCUCAGCAAUGACACCAACCUACUCACAACUCUGAGUAUUUUGGAUGAGAUUGCCAAGAAUCCUCUCGAUCAGACUGAGGUGGUGCUUGUGGAAAACAUCCUGAAGGACAUGAUUGAUGAAGGCCUGAAGAGAAGGCUGUCCUCUCCAGUGUUGAACCAGCUGUUGAACGUGCUGUGUAAUCUGAUGAACCCAAACAAGGCAGACUCCACUCGAGGGCGCCAUUCUUUGGCCGGUCUCAUGGAGAACCUGGCCUACGCCUCACUCACAGGAACCCAGUGUCCCAACCCCACACCCCCUGAAAUAAGCAGCCUAGAGUGUAGUUAUGCCAAAAUGUCUGCAGCCAGAUGGCCUCUUCAGCAAAUUCUGAACUACAAGUAUUCUGCACGGAGAGGUGAUAUGUUCACUGUGCCGUCUGCCAUUCCUAACCCCCCUACUCCUGUGGACAGCGAUUGUUUGGACAUGCAUGUCAUUGAGUAUAACAGCGAGCAAUGGUUCAUGAAAUCUGACCAGAAAGAACUUUUAUCCAACAAGGUAAUCUCCUUUGGUGUUAAGGGAAAAGCCUCCACUUACAGCGAAGUUCCUGCGCGCUUCCUUAUUCACACCCUAGACAAACGAAUCGCAGCUCGGACAGCUCAGUGUGUGUAUUUUGAUACCUCUGUGAGGGAGUGGAUCAGCCCGAGGGGAGUGUGCACAGUCAACAAUAAUCUAGAGGAUGGUCAGGAUGACUUUGUGGACUGCUCUUGUAAACAUCUGACUCACUACGCAGUCAAAGCAAAUGCCAUAGACCCCGGGCUAGUCGGAUACCCCACUGGCUUCUAUGUAGCCAGUUUUAUUUGCAUGAUGGCCAUGCUCCUUGCCAUUAUUGUCCACCAUGUGUUCUCCACAGUCUACGCCAUGUUCUCAGCGAGCCUACUCAUGCACAUGUUGUUUGCAUGCUUUGCUACUCAGCUCUGUUAUAUUGUGGCAGCCUUCACCAGUCCCACAGAGAUCCUGGUCAGUACUCUGGAUCAGGAUAACUACCGCUGUAUUGUGAUGGGAUUAUUUCUCCAUUACUUUUUUCUAUCUCAGUUCACCUGGAUUUUCUCACAGACACUGAAUUUCUGGAAGAUUCUGGUAAUGAAUGAUGAACAUACUGACAGAAAAUAUGUGCUCUUUUUCAUGCUGGGCUGGGGUCUUCCUUUAGGAAUUGUGGCAGUAUUUUAUGUGGUAACAUUCAUCUUGUACAAGUACCAGUAUGGUAUGCCCGUGGACUUUAUAUAUGGAGAUGUCAACAACAAUGGGCAAAUGUGCUUCAUUACAAACUCCUAUUCUGCCCUGGGAGGAGUGAUUGCUCCUGUGUUGCUGAUCCUGCUGUUUGUUGCUGUUGUGUUUGUCAAAGCCUUCCAAGUGACCCCUCAAUGGCAGGCAUACGACGACAUCUACCGAGGGAGAUACAACAUAAAUGAGAUCCGUACCUUGCUGUGCUUCUGGUUCGUGAUCACCGUCACCUGGCUGUGGGGAGGGCUACACCUGGCCUACGGUCAGCUCUGGAUGCUAGUCAUGUUCUGCAUCUUCAAUAUCAUUCAGGCUCUACUGGUGAUUGUCCUCUACACAGUACUGAGGAACCCCUGUGUUCAGGAGUGCCUGGAGCCCCAGAAACGAGCCUACUCCAUGUCCACAGAGAACCUCCACCCAAGCACCACUGUCCCCGCCGAUUUCCACAACACCUUCACCACGGAAAUCGGCAGCCUCAAGGGCUCCACUGCCUCCGUGGUCAAUGAGGAGUGGGAGAGAGAAUCCACCAUGCCAUCCAAAUCCACGACCAUGAAAGUCAAACGUACGCUGCCCUCUAGUGGCAACAUCUAUGUGACUCCCCCGGUGUUAAUCCGAGAUGGGGAGGAGGAUUUUCAGGACCUCUUGUAUGCGCUCAAAACACAAGAGAGUUCUAGUGACGCAGACAGCAUCGGAUCAGACAAGAUCUCAGAAAUCUCGAGUAAAGUGGAUCGCUACGAAAUGAGGAGAAUAUCCAUAGCAGAUACACAUUUAUGAUUGAAUUAUAAAGAUAAAUAAUUUUUAUUAAAUCCAUGAAAAGAACAAAAGUUGCAUCUUUUUUAUGAUGCAUUUAGUCCAAACAAGACUGAACCAGUGAUCCAAUAUCUUAUUAUAAUGAUUAUAAUUUAUUUGAUAUGCAUAUAUAUAUAUAUAUAUUUCGCUUUUCAUUUUAUGGAAAUACGUGUGUAUGUGUUCAGUCAUGUCCAUGUAUGUUUAUUAUUUUAUCUGUCAGUGAGUAUUUUUGGUCCAUGUCCAUAUCAUUUCUGUCUAUCAUUAUUAUCUUCAAAAUAAUAAUUUUAUCACAUUGUUUCAUUUUUAAAUGUCAAAAUUUUUAAAGUACAUGUGCAUUUUAUGAAAGAAAAUUACGUUGUGUGUAUGAUUGCAUCAACUUUUUAAUAUUUUUUUUAAAGACAAUUAUUGAUUGAAAUUCAAACUGUCAAUGAGAUUAAAAGUACAGUUUUUAAUUUUUAAUAACAUUCUAAAAUAAUAUGAUAUGCAUUUUUUUUUUUGCUGGGUUGUUACCAAAACAAUAAAGUACAUGUAUUUCUACAAGUAAUGUGUUUUCUUUAAAUAAUAAGAAUAGACAUUUCAGGUUUUAUUUUGUUGUAAAAGAUAAUUAAAACUCAGGGGAUACAGUUACUAACAUAAAAAACAAGAUGUGUUUAUAUAUAUAAUUACGGUAUAUAUGUAAGACUUAAAAGUCCGAUGGUCACAUCAAAGUCUGAUGGUCAUGCAAAGGUCUGACGAUCUAUGCCAAAGUCUGACAGUAUGUUGUUGAUGCGGACUCUAAUGUCUGAUGGUUAAGCUAAAUUCCAAUGGUCUGUAUAGUUAUAAAGACGCAUCAAAUCACAGUACGAUGAUAGACUAUGCAAAAGUUCAUCGGUCUGCAUUUAUAUGCUCUACGCGCUAAAGUACAAUGGCUGGAUAUGCCAAAGUCCAAUGGUGUUGAAAAAUCCACGUUUGUGACAUAAAGUUAUAUCAACAUCAUCGACAACAUCGUUGCUCUUAGUUCAACAAUAAAAACAACCAAAGAUGGUAGUAUCAGGCAGUCUCGACUAUAGUGACGUCUUGUGUAAAUAUACCUGUUACAUACAAAACUGCUGCAACUUAGUCAAAAAUGAUUUAUUCUUUGUGUUUUAACCAACGGCACUCAUAGAUAAAGCAGCAAUCCUCAUAAGCAGAGUUAUUCCCCUUUUUUAUUCUUGAUUCAUUUUUGCUUGUAUCUCGCACAUACAAUUGUAUUUGGGUUAUUUGAACUAUUGCAUAAGGUAAAUGGAAACAACUUUUUUAUUUUUAUCGAAUCUAUGUAGAACCAUUGGGCUUUGGCAGGGCAAACCAUCACACUUUGGCAACUGCACGUGAACCAUCAGACUUCGGCAUAUCAAAUCAUUGGGGUUGCAAUUGGUGCAGACCAUUGGACUUUGGCAUGGGAGUCUCAUCACACUUUUGAUGCCUACAAAACUUUAGAGGUACUUUAAUAUUCAGUGAUAUCAAUAAUUUCAAUAUUUUUUUCAACCUGUACUUUUUAAAGACUCUAUCAAAAGGCAGCAAAGAUCAAAUAAUCUCACAAUUUUACCUCUUCAAUUUUAUUGCAGAAUAUGAUGAUCAAAAUUUUCAUAGUUGUAAAUUUACAAUAUGCAGUAUGAAAAUACAUGUAGCUAAAAGAAAAAAAUGAACAUUUAAUAAAAAAAUCAACACCAAUUUG